AAGGCCCUUGCUAGUGAUACCAACUCUCCCAGUUUGAACAUGAAGAUCAGUGGGGGCUAUCUACUACUAUUUGCCCUGGCUCCUCUCUGCCUGGCCUCCCGAAUUCCUGGUCAAAAUUUAGGAAAGGAGGACUGCAGCAUUUAUAAGAAGUUUCCACUGUCAGCUAUUCCCUGCCCUGUUACAUACUUCCCCGUGUGUGGUUCUGACUACUUAACUUAUGGAAAUGGAUGUCACCUGUGCAUAGAGAACUUGAAAACAAAUGGAAAAGUGACUUAUCUUCAUGAUGGAACUUGCUAA